AUGGCCAGGCUCAAACGACUAGAGAUGGCUAACGCCUCAUUGAGAGAAGAAGUGGCCAGACUAACUGCUGACGCAGCACCUCAGCCGGAGUUGUCCCCAGCCCCUUCAUCAGCUAUGCUUCAACAGCUGAAAGAACGAGUCUCUCAUUUGGAACAGAAAGACAACAAGAAGGUUAAUGUGGCGGGAUUCUCCUUCGGAGGGGUGGCGGAUUGUCGCCAUUUUUUGAAUACCAAGAUGGUAUUUGACUCCGAGUCCAGUGGUCUUUUUGGUACAGAUGUUGUAUCUAUCGUUGACGGCGUGUCAACUGAGGGGGGAGAAUCGCUGCCAACAGAUGUCCUGAGGAGGGAUGAAUAUGCGACAAAAGCGGGUUUCGAUAAUAUCAUGGCAGCCAAACUGUACUCGUCCAUCCAAAGACCCAUCCCAAUCCCUCUCGCUGGGAAAGGAAACCACCCGUCACCGGCCAUUAGUACAUUUGCAAAGUGGGACAAACAGGAUGGAAUGCGAGGACUCCGGUAUGAGAUAACAAGAGGGGUGGACCACAAGGUGAAUCAAACCACUGAAUGGAUCCGAGCUCAGUUGAAACAUCAUCCUGAAGCUGUGCUAGUGUUUACCACUCUGGUGCUAGACUCGAACCAACACUGGGUGGCUAUCUCUACCUUUCUCACUAACCAAAGAGGUAUUUGCAUGCAGCAAAGUGACGACGAAGCUGAGGCUUGGGUGUAUCCAUGUGAGGUUAUCAAGGGCGUGUUCAUGGAGCUUCAUCAUGUUCUAAGUGUGGGUGCUAUGAGAUCUAAACUCGGUUGA